AGAAUAACCUCAAAAACACAUCAAAUUAAAAACAAUUUUUAACCAAAAUAAUAAUUUAAAUCACCCGAAAACAAAUUUAAACCAAAAUAAAAAGAAAUUAAUAACUUACCUUAAAUAAAAACGAUUAUUUUAAAGUUGGCACCACCAUUUCGACGUGGACCAAUCCGGAGCGUCCAACGUAAUUCUGAAUGAAAAGCCACGAAAAGCAAUCCUCCUGCAAUUUAAAUACGUGUCCCAUUAAACGAUUUUAAACGAGAAUCCCCUUUCUUAAAACAUCAAUCACCACGUCGCGCUCCAAACGAAUCGACCCAAACGUGUCUAAAUAACAACUUAACCUCAAAAAGUUACAUACCUUUCAAAACGAUGGAUUAUUUCGGUUAUUUACUGCUAUUCUUCGUCGGUGUGUUAGCGGUGGAUGCUUUAAAACCCGGCGAUUGUGAAGUUUGUAUAAAAACGUUGGAUAAAUUCGAGAAAACCCUCUCUGACGCAACAAAAAAGGAGCCGAAAUUAAUCGAGGAGAAGUUUAAAGAGUUUUGCAAGACUGUUAAAAACAAAGAGAAUCGAUUUUGUUAUUAUUUAGGUGGAUUGGAGGAAUCGGCAACUGGUAUUUUAGGUGAAAUGUCGAAACCUUUAUCAUGGUCGAUGCCUUCGGAUAAAAUCUGCGAGAAACUCAAGAAAAAAGAUGCUCAAAUUUGCGAUUUACGUUACGACGUUGAGAUCGAUUUAAAAACGGUCGAUCUUAAAAAAUUAAAAGUUCGUGAUCUCAAAAAAAUCAUCAAUGAUUGGGGCGAAGAUUGUCAAGGGUGCAUUGAAAAGUCGGAAUUUAUACAAAGGAUAGAAGAAUUAAAACCAAUUCAUACCGAACUUUAGGUUAAUUUAAACUUUAUUAAUUUUGAGGUUAUAACUUGGUGUCUAUUAAUUUAUUUAUCACCUCAUUUACUCUUAGAAGAUCUAUUUUUGUAUUAAAUUGGUCAAUAUUUUCCUUUUUACGUUAAUUACGACUGAUUCACCAAAUAAUAAUUAAUAGUUUAAUUAUACAAAAUAAAUUCUUACCUCCCUUGCAUUAAA